CUGUUUGGUAGUGAUGUGCAUUCCCAUGAUAGCUGCCCAGUCGUAUACUACCGGCACGGGAGUCAUUGUUGAGCCAUCCCCACUGAACGUUUGGUUGCUCAUCGUCGAGUUGCUAUUUGCAUCUCCACUAGUCGAAUUCAUCAAGGAUUUGUUCGUUUUUUACUGGCCUGCUGUUGGUCGUUUGCACUGUGCCGCUCCAACGACUCCCAAUAGCCAGUGCCUAUUUUCUCCUCGGGUCGUACGGCCGGGUCAAAAUUAA